CCCACAUCCGCCCACCUCAAACAAUCGCCCAAGAUGGUCUUCGCGUGGAAAGCCGCUGGCCUUACCUACAACCGCUUCCUGGCCGUGUCCGCCCGUGCCGUGCGCCGAAGCUUGAAGGAGGAGAAGAGACUCGUCGCCGAGCGACGAGGCGAGAUGGACCUUCGCUUCGCCAAGUGGGAGGACGGCAAGCAGGGCGACGUCAAGCACUUGGCCCAGGCCAACACCGCCGCCAACGCCGCCUCUUCCUCUUAGACGAAUACGAUCACGAAGCGAAAGAACUAGGAGGACUUUCGGGAAGAAAGAAAUGAGAAUCGCAAACUUGUGGUCAACGAGAGUCGAGGGAGGUUGAUAGUGAUUGAUGGUGAUUGAUGGGAAACCGCUGAAGGGAGGAAUACAAUACCCUCCAUGUUGCAACUCGUCUUGCCAGGCCCGUCGAUCCGCGGAGGGUUCUGGUUGUAUCAUAGACACAUCGCAUACACUCCAUUAAAUCGAUGCUGUUGAUGCGUACGGAGUCGUUGCGGAGGGUACAGGAUACGCUGCUGUCAUAUUGCUUGAGACCGCGUUGCUCUCUUUGCUCUCUUUGCUCUGCAGUCGGUUUUUUUCUUUUGUCGGUGCUCAACGCCGGGCUCCCGAUCCGUCCCGGGUCAAUGGACCCGAUGUUUGCCAGAUCUGCCAGCCGUUGUCAGUUGAGAAGAACCUCCAUGUUUAGGUACUUGGGUGU